UGCGGAGGGCUUAAGGCAUGCAAGUUAUCGUCUUGUAUUGGAGUUGGCACCCCUAUUGAAUUAUCAGCUGUUUAGCUGUCAAAACGAAACAAAUGGCUUUUAUUUUUGUGUUUGUAAUAAAAUGGAUUCAAAAAUUAGAAUACUUAUAGUUGGCGAUGUACGUGGCCGAUUUCGACAGCUUUUCCAACGCGUGGAAAGUAUAAACAAAAAAGCCGGCCCUUUCGAAAUCAUAUUUUGUGUUGGGGAGUUUUUUGGUACAGUAGAGCAAAAUGAUGAACUGAUUGCUUACAAAAAUGGAAAUAAAUUGGUGCACGUACCUACGUAUAUUCUUGGGCCCUGCUCAAAAGAAACAGUAAAUUUUUACAAUGACAUAGAAAAUUGUGAAAUAUGUGUUAAUUUGACUUACUUGGGUAAACGAGGAUUAUAUACUCUCACCUCGGGUGUUAAAGUAGCUUACUUAAGUGGGCUGGAGAAGGUUGAUGGCUACAAUCCUAUUGAAAAUGAAAAACAUAUUUUCUUUGACAAAGAUGACAUAUUAUCUAUUUGUAAUUCAUGUGUUGUAAGUAAAUCGUCUGCCUCCGAUUAUAAAGGUGUCGACAUUCUGCUCACCUCUCAAUGGCCAUAUGGGAUACACGAAGAUCAUAAAAAUGCUUCAAAGAUGAUCUCAUUUUUAUGUAAAGAAAUCAAACCCCGCUACCAUUUUUGUGGCCUCAACAACAAGUAUUACGAGCCAUCUCCUUUUAGAAUACCAUCUGACCAGCUAACUCAAUUAGAACUUUGCACUCGUUUUAUCUCUUUGGCGGAGGUGGGCAAUGUUGCUAAGGAAAAAUAUAUUUAUGCUCUAAGCUUAACGCCAGUGGAGAAAAUGCGUGUUUUGGAGUUGAUACAAAAAACGACGAAUGAAACUAAAUGCCCGUUCGUUGGUAUGAAUUUCCCCGUUUUCACAGGAGAUGACAGGCAAUCAGAAUGUAAACAAUAUUUCUAUGACAUGAAUAAGGGUGGAGAUGAUAUUCGAAAGCGGUCUGGUGGUAGUAGCCAACGUCCUGAGAAACGCGCACGAAUUAUGAAUAUAGAUCAAGAAAAAUGUUGGUUCUGUUUAUCAUCAUCCGAUGUAGAAAAACAUUUAGUUAUUUCGAUUGGAGAUAAUUUUUAUUUAGCUUUAGCUAAAGGACCAAUCAACGAAUUCCACGUUCUUAUUAUGUCCAUAACUCACAUUUCUUCAGCAUCGCUCCUAUCUGAUGACGAUUGGAAGGAAUUGUCAAAAUUCAAAAAUACGCUACGUGACUUCUUUCAAUCGUAUGGGCAAGUUGUUUGUUUUACUGAACGUCACUACAAGUCGUCGCAUUUGCAAAUCAAUGCGUUAGGUAUUGAUGAAGGUUAUGCGUGGAAGAUCAAACAUGCGUUCGAAGAUAAAGCUGAGGAAUUCAAUUUACAACUCGAAACUCUACCGGCCCUUACAUCAUCGCAAAUGCUUCCGCAACAAGGACCCUAUUUUGUAGCGGAAUUGCCGGAUAAAAGCACGUUGAUUACUCGUCAAAUGAAACAUUUUCCACUUCAUUUUGCACGUGACGUCUUUUGCUCGGAAAACUUACUCAAUUGUGACGAAAAAGUAGAUUGGAAAGAUUGCAAAUUAAACAAAGAUGAGGAAAUUGAAAUGGUAAAAAAUUUCCGUAAAAAAUUUCAAAAGUACGAUUUUACCCUUUAAGUUUAAUACAGUUUUUUUAAGUGAAAUAUAAUCGACAAUUUCUAAUAAA